CAUACGUCAUCGGUGCGACACGUGCGGCGGUCUUUCUUCCCCCGUGUUAGCGGUUAACAGUUAGCUGAGCAGCAGCGGCGCAGCGUCGGUCCAGUUUCAGCGGAAUAAAGAGCUCAGAGUGAGAGAUGGCUGCUGCCGGUGCGCAGGGCAGAAAGAGACUCCUGAGGGAGGAGGACAUGACCAAGGUGGAGUUUGAGACUAGCGAGGAGGUGGACGUCACCCCCACCUUCGACACCAUGGGCCUCCGGGAGGACCUGCUACGCGGCAUCUACGCCUACGGUAGGCCGGGGAUUUGUGCGGCCUCCGGUGGGAGAAUGUUAAAGCUAACAGCUAACGUCACUGCGAUGUCUCAGUCUGGAACAGGAAAGACGGCCACCUUCUGCGUGUCGGUGCUGCAGUGUCUUGACAUCCAGGUGAGGGAGACCCAGGCUCUGAUCCUCGCUCCAACCAGAGAGCUGGCCGGACAGAUUCAGAAGGUGCUGCUGGCUCUGGGAGACUACAUGAACGUCCAGUGUCACGCCUGCAUCGGAGGGACCAAUGUGGGCGAGGACAUCAGGAAACUGGACUACGGUCAGCACGUGGUGGCGGGGACACCUGGACGAGUGUUUGAUAUGAUUCGUCGCAGGAGUCUGAGGACGAGAGCCAUCAAGAUGUUGGUUCUGGACGAAGCUGAUGAGAUGCUCAACAAAGGUUUUAAGGAGCAGAUCUACGACGUGUACCGUUACCUGCCUCCAGCCACACAGGUAGUCCUGAUCAGCGCCACGCUGCCACACGAGAUCCUGGAGAUGACCAACAAGUUCAUGACAGACCCCAUCCGCAUCCUGGUCAAACGAGACGAGCUGACCCUGGAGGGGAUCAAACAGUUCUUCGUGGCGGUGGAAAGAGAAGAGUGGAAGUUUGACACUCUGUGUGACCUGUACGACACUCUGACCAUCACUCAGGCCGUCAUCUUCUGUAACACCAAGAGGAAGGUGGACUGGCUGACUGAGAAGAUGAGAGAGGCCAACUUCACGGUGUCCUCGAUGCACGGAGACAUGCCUCAGAAAGAGCGGGAGUCCAUCAUGAAGGAGUUCAGAUCAGGAGCCAGUCGUGUGUUGAUCUCCACGGACGUUUGGGCCCGAGGUUUAGACGUUCCUCAAGUUUCUCUGAUCAUCAACUAUGACCUGCCCAACAACAGAGAGCUCUACAUCCACAGGAUUGGUCGGUCUGGUCGUUACGGGCGUAAGGGUGUGGCCAUCAACUUUGUGAAGAACGAUGACAUCAGGAUCCUGCGGGACAUCGAGCAGUAUUACUCUACCCAGAUCGACGAGAUGCCCAUGAACGUGGCCGAUCUGAUCUGACUUGGAUGACAUCACAUCAGACCCCGCCCCUUUGACUUCCUGUCUUUUUUUUUUGUUUGUUUUUAUUAGUUUUAGAGGGUUUUUCUUAAUUUGACUGUUGAGGUGAAAACAACUGUAAAACUCUUGACUUGUUUUUGUAAAUAAAGUUGUUUUGGUUCCA